AUGGAGUCUUUCGCUAGGCCAAGCAUGCUAUUCGUUGGUAAUCAUCUUGCAAUGACAAUAUUCAGUGACUGUACGAUCCAGAUGUCCGACGAAAUAGAGACGGCUGCAGUUCCAUGUUUCGAUGGGCUUUUCAAAGCUCUGCGCCUCUAUCGUAAUAAUCAAAUCCAGGCCUGUGAAGAGGAAUGCACGAAGCUACUUAGGAAGAACCCACUGGACCAGGCUGCCUGGGCGUUGAAACUUUCUUGUCUGACUGAUCCCGUGUAUGUGGAUGAACUGGAGAACGAAGAAAUCGGCAUCGCUGAGACGUUCCUCGACCAAAAUGUUAUCGCACCGAAUGCACGUCCUGGCACCUCAUUUCAAAGACCGACGACAACUGCAAAAGGAAUGAAUCCGAUAUUGAGACCGACAUCGACAGCAGGACGACCGUUGUCUGGAGUGGUGCGGCCAAUUACCUCGCUGCGUCCAGGCACUAUGGAACAGGCAGUACGCACGCCCCCCCCCCCCCCCCCCCUGUCGAACAGCUCGUACAGCCCGAGCUCGCCUGGCGCACGUUUCAAAACGAUUGUCGAGGCGACCCGCAUAGACGAACCGACACUCACCCUGGAACGACAAUACUUCCCAUGUGGCUGA